GAAGUCGGGUCAUCUGUACGGUUGACAUUUUGUUAGCUUGGCAGCAAAAUAAACCGUGUUCGGGCAAGUCUGUUGUCCUUAGAGCUGUUUUCUAGCGCCUGGAAUUUAAAGUUGGUUAACAUGUGGUACGAAAUCCUCCCCGGUUUGGGCCUUAUGAUAGUGUGUUUGACUAUUCCCGGCAUCACGAUCGCACAUGCCCAUAGGUGGGCGAAUGGAGGAAAGGAAAAAAGGGUCGUUCGGAAUGGUUGGCAAUGGUACAUGCUUCAGAGGGACGCGCGAGUGUCAGGAACGGGUCGCAGCUUCGAAUCCAAGGGACUUGAGAACAUCGAUUGAUGACAAGAACCAUGAAGACCUCGAUGAGGAGAGUCUGUGUUGUAAAUUAAAGAGUACAAACCAAUUUCCCCUCUAAAAAUCUUUCAAAUAAAAACGUUUCAAGCUUAAAA